UUAGACUCCAAUUUGAAAAGCACCGAGCCCUGCCCUCGCCUUGCCAAACCGCAAACAAUGAAAACAAAAUUCUCUCUCUCAUUUACUGUUACGAUCGAUCUCUCCGCCAAGUCAGUGUGAACAAAAUUCCGAAACAGUGAUGGAUACUUGUUGAUCUGUUGAAAUUACGUGUAGCAUAUUGUAGUGUUGAGUUAGCCUGGCAAUUCCUGAAAAUGGAAGAAGAAGUGCGAAAGCGGAACACUGAUUGCGUCUAUUUUCUCGCUUCUCCUCUCACCUGCAAGAAGGGGAUUGAUUGUGAAUAUCGGCACUGUGAAAUUGCAAGACUGAACCCGAGGGAUUGUUGGUACUGGUUAGCUGGGAAUUGUAUUAAUCCAGCCUGUGGUUUUAGACAUCCUCCACUGGAUGGGCAUCUCACUGAAGCACGGCCUGAAUCUGUUCCACUGCCAUAUCAAUCUUCUAUGCCUGCAAACAAGACCACUGUUCCCUGUUAUUUCUACUUCAAUGGUCUCUGCAACAAAGGUGACAGGUGCUCCUUUAUGCAUGAUCCUGAAGGUAGUGCACCUGCUGGGAUAUAUUCAAGGAAGGCCUCUGCAAGUACUGAUGCUCUACCCACAGAAAACAAGGCAUCUACAGGAAAUGACAAUAGGUCCACACUGAAAGAAAGACGUCCUAAUCCAUCGGAAACUGUCACAAAGCCAGCAAUGGUUAUGAGCAUUCAGCCCAAGGAUUAUCUUCUGCAAUCAGCGCCUAGAAGCAUUCUAUGGCGAAGUGCCUCCCCACAGAUAUCUCUGUCUGAGGGUGAAGAAGCUGCUACUAUUAAGUCAGACCUCAUAGCUCCAGUAGAAGGCUUUAUGAAAACUAGAUCUCAUCUAUGCACAGAUUGGAAUUCUGAGGAACAAAUGAAUGGCCAUAUUGAGCCCGAGGAGCGGUGGGAAUCAUCCCCAGGUUUUGACGUUCUUGUGGAUAGUGACAAUAGAUCAGAGAAUUUGGGUUAUGAGGAUGAUUCAGAGUACUUACUGGCCAUGAAUAGAGAGCACGGUGGUCUUAACGGCCAAUUUUUGGGUUAUGAUUUGGAAGACCAAGUUAAGUAUGAUCCCACAUAUCCAGAUGCAGAACUUCUAGAUGAACGGCAGAUCUACAGUGGUUAUGAUUGUUUGGAUAAUGGGUGCAUUCUCGAUAAUGUCAUAGAACCUUCAAUCCGUGGAAGAGAAAGGAUGUUGGAUUCAUUAUUUUCUCAAAAGAGGAAAUUCUUGCCAUCAAAAGUAGCAGUAAAUGAUCACAAUGUGGAUCUUCGAGAUUAUCUGAGGAAACGCAGAGUAAUUGAUGAUCAUCGAAUUAUUAGUUCAUCAAGAAAGCAUGAAUCACAUAGAUUUGUUGUUCGAAGGCAGGAAAGGUCUCGAAGGCAUGUUAUUGGUCAGCGGCUGCACAGAAGAUUGGCAUCAGUAGUUGGAAAGAACAAUAUUGAGUCAUAUGAGGACAAUGGAACUCUUUCAAUUGGUGCCAACCAGCAUGAGUGGCUUAGGCGUUCACAAUCUAGGAGAUUUAGGCAGAAUUCUAAGGAAAAAAGGCUUGCAAAACGGCAGUCUCAUUCAUCUGAAGUCUCUAGAAAACCUGUUUCAAGGGAGAGGAGAUCUACUGAGACUUCUACUGCAUUUACAGGGCCCAAGACUCUUGCUGAGAUUAAAGAAGAGAAGAAAAAGACUGAAGAAAAUGGUGAUUACUCUGGGGAAACAGGGCAUUCAAGUAAAACGUUGACUGACUUUCAGGGACCAAAACCUCUGAGUGAAAUCCUCAAGGAAAAAGGAGGCCGUGACCUUGAGGGACAACAAUACUAGCAGCUGCUGAAAGAAAUUACUCUCAUUUUCUAAAAAAUGAUCAAUUGUGCUGAAGAUGAGGACAGUGAAAUGUUAUUUGUUGCUAGAGGCAUUCUGGCUUAUAUCAUGAUACUUCAAUAUGCUGGGAUCCAUUUAGUUACCGUUAUUUGAUGAAGGUAUUCAUUUUGUUUCUAGAUGAAGACACUGAUAAGUGAGAGCCUUGAAGAGAAGUAGAGAAGUCUAUGGACAUUUCAUUUGUACUUCUGUAAUAUCUGUAGUCCCCAGAUAUUUCCUUACUGAAAGAAACUUCUUAGAAUAGCCAUUUGGCCAGGCUAUGACAGUAUACUUCCAUCAGAAAAUUUGGCAUCACUGCUAGUGUUGAGCUUGUCUUGAUUUCAUGUACAGAGCUGCACAUUCUGGUUAGUACAUUUGUAAUGAGAUGGUCAGUUUUUUUUUACGUAUAACAAUGAUUUUCUCAUUAGAGAUUACCUUGCUCUUUAAGACUAUUCCUGAGCGUUUUCUGUUUGCUCUUUGUUAUAAUCUGUCAUUUUGGGUGAUUGUCGUUUUUUACUUUUUACUGCAUUGGGGAAUCCAACCAACUCAUAAAACUCAUCUUUCAGGCUUUCUGGAGAUUGUUGUUAAUGUCAUGUAGCAGCGCAUUGUUCUCCAAUUUAU